GCUCUGCUAUAACAUUGUUUUUGUUUUUUGUGUAAUAAAAAAAAAAUCAUUUCAUAUACAACUAUAUAUUUGAAUCACACGCCUACCAGAUACAAUAAACGUGAAAAUAUAUUACUUCGGCCUUCAUUUACUUUUUGAAUGUGUGAGUUUUAAUUUCAAUUUUUAGUUGUGUUAAUGUGUGUAUCUACAGAGUUAUCAAAGUCCAGUUUUAAUAAAGAUCUAGUCAACAUCAAGCUCGUACCAAAAAGAGACCAUUAAACAAAGACACAUAAACAAUGGCAACGGUCUUACAUCGGAGGGCUCUACGAGUGGUUAACAAAGGAAAACUUUUCUUACCCACAUUAUCCCGAGAUAACAGCACAGAAAAACAUAUCUUGAGAUCAGACUCUGGUGGUAUAGAGAAGCCAAGACAAACUGUCACUGAAUUUGUGUGGCAAAACUUAGAUAAAUGGCCUGACAAAACAUUAGCUGUUUGUGCUGUAACUGGCCGCGGUUACACCUAUGCUCAAACACAUAGAUUAUCUGUUUCUUUUGCAGCAUCAUUACUUAAGAAACUCAAACUUCAACACAAUGAUAAGGUUGCCAUUGUCUUACCAAAUGUUCCGGAAUAUCCAGCUAUCGCUUUUGGUAUUUUGGAGGCUGGCUGUAUCGCUAGCAUGAUGAAUCCUGCUUACACAGUUGAUGAACUCAAACAUCAAAUAAAACUCGUCGAGUGUAAGGCAAUAGUAGCAUCCAAAUUAUCGUAUCCAAAUUUGUAUAAAGCACUGCAAGAACUAAAAAUGAACAUACCUGUGAUAUUAAUUGACAAUGAAGAUCUACCCGAAAAUACUAUAAAGUUUGCUGAACUCGCUGAAAACACAGACACGGAUAUAUUGAAAUCGGUAAAACGAAACAUAAAAGACACAGCCAUCCUGCCAUUUUCCAGUGGAACAACUGGUUUCCCCAAAGCCGUUGAACUGACCCAUGAAAGUAUAUGCGCUCUUAAUAGCAUGAUAUUGACUCCAGGAAUUAUAGCUGUCCAAGAAGCUACAGCGUCCUUCCAGCCGGUGUUGCCAGCAGUGCUACCAUUAUUCCAUAUAUUUGGCUUCAACGUUCUCAUGGUGAACUUAAUGUCGCGGGGCGUCAAACUUGUGACGAUGCCAGCAUUCAAACCGGAGUUAUAUUUGGAUACCCUGAUCCGUCAAAAGGCCAAUCAUUUAUAUAUUGUUCCGCCAAUGGCGAUCUUCCUGGGGAAGCACCCGGCUGUUACACCGCGGCACUUGGACUCCGUCAUCGACAUUAUCUGUGGCGCCGCCUCCCUCUCUAGUGGAGACGCUAUGGCUAUUAUUGAAAAGAAUAAGAAUUUAAUCUUCCGUCAAGGCUAUGGCCUUACUGAGACAAACGGUGGCGUGGCCAUCGGUUAUAACGACAAUACAAAUCACGAUGCUGUAGGAUUCCCUUUCCCAAGCAGCGAAAUAAAGAUAGCUGAUCUGAGUACCCAACAAGCUUUAGGACCGGGACAGGAAGGAGAAAUUUGGUACAGGGGUCUUAACGUAAUGAAGGGUUAUUACAAGAAUGAAGCGGCGACCAAAGAGGUCCUUACAGAAGACGGCUGGUUCAAAACUGGUGACGUCGGAAAAUACGACGAAAACAAAUAUUUGUAUAUUACUGACAGAAUAAAGGAACUCAUUAAGGUUAAAGGCUUCCAAGUGGCACCAGCGGAACUGGAAACGGUUCUUCGUAGUCAUCCAAAGAUCCUCGAUUGUGCUGUUCUUGGUAUCCCAGACCCUUUUUCCGGGGAAGUCCCCAAAGCAUUCGUCGUCGUCCAACCAGGACAGAACAUUAAGGGAGAGGAAGUUCUGGAACACGUUAACAGUAAAUUGACACAGUUCAAGAAAAUUAAGGAAGUCCAAUUCGUUGACGCGAUACCCAAAAACCCAGCUGGGAAAAUAAUGAGGAGACAAUUGAAAGAGAAAUAUUGUUAGCGAAAAAGUGCCUUCGAUAAAAUAGAUAAGUAAAUGAUAUUUUUUUACACUUUUUGGUAUUAGGUGAAGGUUUUCAUAUUAAUUAAGGAAAUUUAUAUAUUUUUUGGACGUAUUAUACUUUUUACAUGAAUGCUUGAGCUGAAUUUGCUCCGUAUAGGCUUUUAUAACGAAUCAAGGUUGUAUUUCUAUUGGUAUGGCUGUAUUGCAUUUCUUAAGUAUUAUAUAUGUUAGCUUGUCAGAUUUUGAUAUAAUAUUUGAAACGAAGUCCUUACUAACGCUGUAUAACAGAAUAUUUAAUGUUAUUACAAAUAACUAUAAUGAUCUCUGAAAAACACAAACAGUACUUAAAACUGAAAAAAAUGUUUUACACACAUAUAUAUAUAUAUAUAUAUACAUAUACAUAUAGUUUUUUAUAUAUAUAAUGACUAUUACUAAGUGUAAUAUUUUGUACAAUAAUCUUCAAUGUCUUCCUAAUAAUAGGUAUCAUAAUAUAAGCAGUAUGAAUUUUCGAAUACUUACUUACUUACUUACUUACUGAUGGUAUCCGAAGUAAAACAUAACUUAAACAGUUUCUUCACGAAUAUAAGAAAGUUUUCCAUUGAAUCAAACAUUUUAUUAACAGAAUACACACAUAAACGAAAUACUGUUAAUAAAAUACUAAGCAGAGUACUGUACUAUGACGUCACCUUGAGGUCACGUGACGUGACAAACGGACGCAAAGUUUAUAUAUAUAUAGUUCAUUUCAAUAGAAUUUGACAAUUUUGUAAACAAAGCAAUUGACGACUAUUACUCCGUUCUUAUGUACAGUCGAAUAUCAGUCCUGAUAAUAAUUACAUAUCAAUGAACCCACCACUGUUUUUAACAAUCUUUUCAUCACUAAACAACUGUGUAUUUGUUCAUUUUAUAAACUUAUUUUGAACACGAAAAUUUAUUGCUUUUGUCAAAUUGGCAACAUCAUUUUUUACUCAUCAAAGUCUACUUGUCUUUGAAAAGUGAGUGUAGUACAUGAUAAAUAUAUAAUGAACUAGUUUUUGUCCGCGACUUCGUCUGCGUUACUUUCAAAAUUAGAAAUGUAUAGCUAACCGGCCCAAAUCUCCUCUCAAUUUUAUCUGACUUUUUCAAUUUUUUUUUCGUGAAAUGAAAUGAAAUGAAAAGUAUCCUAUCUCCUUUUCCUGGUUCUGAACUAUCUUUCCACCAAUUUUCACCACAAUCCGUAAAGCCGAUCUUGAGUUAUAAAUAGUAUAACUAACACGACUUUCUUUUAUUUAUAAAUAUAUUUAUAAUCAUUAUGAUUUGAACUUUAACCAACUCACAAAUAUAAUAAAGA